AUGGACACACUUUUUAUUGUAGCUAUUCUGGUUCUCGCUUUCUCUUCUUCCUCUAUCACACGAGGCCAGAGAAUCGUUCAGAUCCCACCACCACGUCCGCUAUGCGCCUCUCAAUACGCCCUCGCUAACUACGCCUGCUCACGCCUCCCUAUGAACUCUGUCCCACCUCCUUCCCCCAUUGCCCCUCCUCCUCCUCCCAUCGCUCCUCCUCCUCCUCCUCACCAUGAUGACCACGACCAUGACGAUGAUGACGACGACGACGAUGAUGAUGACAAUGACCACGACCACGACGAUGACCACGACCAUGAUGACGAUGAUCACGACCAUGACGACGAUGAUCACGACCGCAACCGCAACCGAAACCGCGACCACGAUCGUGAUCAUAAUGACCACGAUCGUGAUCACAAUGACCACGAUCGUGAUCACAAUGACCAUGAUCGUGACCAUGAGCAUAACCGCCACAACAACAGCGACAGCAAUCACAACCGCCGCCACCACCACCACCACCAUCAUCACCGACACAGAGAAGAGACGUAUGCGCAACAAGAGUGCUGCAAGUGGUUGAAGCAAAUGGACAAUGAGUGCGUGUGCGACCUUCUGGUUCGGCUUCCGCCAUUGCUAGCCAAACCUGCUCAUAACUAUACAGUGUUUGUGGAUGAGGCCUGCAUCGUCACUUACACUUGUGGAGGCAGGCUCAUUAGCUGA